AUGCUUUUCUCUGUCCUGCUUAUCACUGUUGCACUCGCCAUUCUCGUCUUAGCCGAACGCCGUUUCCACCAAAAACGUCCCAACGCGCCAUUCCCUCCCGGUCCCAAGGGAUUUCCCUUUAUCGGGAACCUUUUCGAUAUGCCCUCUGAGAAAGAAUGGCUCACUUUCGCCAAAUGGGGAGAAAAAUACGGCGACAUCGUAUCGGUUUCCACCCCUGGAAAGCGUCUAGUCAUAUUAAACUCGGCUAGUAUGGCUAUGGACGUUUUGGACAAGAAAGGCUCCAUCUAUUCUGAUAGGCCCAUAGUAGAGAUGGGCGGCGAGCUCGUUGGCUGGAAGAAUAUACUUGGUCUUAUACCUUACGGUGCACGCUUCCGCAGCUACCGCCGACAGAUUCAUCAGCUUUUCGGGAAAAAGGCGGCAAUGGAGCAGUUCUUACCGGUCGAGGAACAAGAGACACAUCGUCUUUUAAAGAGAAUUUACGCUAAACCGGAAGAUCUUCCAAAGCAUAUUCGGAAAAUGGCCGGGGCCAUCAUCCUGCGGAUUUCAUACGGAUAUGGGAUUGAAGAGGACGACGAUCCCUUCAUCGCGUUGGUAAUGGAAGCUAUGAAUCAAUUUUCUCUUUCCACGACUCCGGGAGGUUUUUUGGUCAAUCUUGUUCCGAUCUUACGUUACCUCCCAGACUGGUUCCCUGGGGCAGGAUUCAAGCGAACCGCGAAGGAAUGGCGAUCAACACUCGUGGAUAUGGUGGAAAAACCUUAUAGUUAUGCGAAACAGCAAAUGGCAGCAGGUUCGGCUCCCUUUUCCUUUACGUCUAGUUACCUAGAAGGUGGAAUGAGUGAGGAAGAGGAAUAUGAUAUCAAGUGGCUCGCCGCAUCUAUUCACACAGCCGGUACGGGUACCACCGUACCGUCCAUCUACGCAUUCUUCAAAGCCAUGAUUAUGUUCCCUGAAGUUCAGGCGAAGGCGCAAGCAGAGAUAGACACGAUCGUCGGAAACGAUAGGUUACCUCGAUUUGCUGAUCGAGACCGUCUUCCGUACGUCGAUGCUCUGACACGCGAGGUUACACGUUGGCAUACUGUCGGACCUACAGCUGUACCCCACUGUGCUAGCGAGGACGAUGUUCACUCUGGUUAUUUUAUCCCGCGAGGAUCGUUUGUCCUGGGAAACGUAUGGAAAAUAUUGCAUGAUCCCGCGGUAUACGACCAACCUUUCGAGUUUAAGCCUGAAAGAUUUCUCCGAACGGAGGGAAAGGAGCCAGCCUUUAAUCCGUCCAAUGUAGCCUUCGGAUUUGGUCGUCGGACAUGUCCUGGUAGAGAGCUCGCUGAAGCCUCUAUCUUCAUUUCAUGUGCUAUGGUGCUGGCAGUAUUUGAUAUUAGCAAAUAUUCUGAGAACGGUGUCAUUUUUGAGCCAGACAUGGAGCAAACCACGGGGACUGUAAGUCACCCAUCUCCGUUCAAAUGCACGAUAAAACCUAGGAGUGAGAAAGCUUUAGGGCUUAUCAACCAAGAGUGGGACCUGUGA